AUGUCACGGAGAUACGAUUCCAGGACGACCAUCUUCUCUCCAGAGGGUCGCCUAUACCAAGUCGAAUACGCCCUCGAAGCCAUCUCGCACGCCGGAACAGCACUGGGUAUCUUGGCACAGGAUGGCAUCGUUCUCGCCGCAGAGAGGAAGGUUACCAGCAAGUUGCUCGAGCAAGACACAUCGGCCGAGAAACUGUACAUCUUGAACGAUAACAUGAUCUGCGCCGUAGCAGGAAUGACCGCUGAUGCCAACAUUCUCAUCAACUACGCCCGUCAAGCCGCCCAAAAGUACCUCCUCACCUACAACGAAGACAUUCCCUGCGAGCAGCUCGUCCGCCGUUUAUGCGAUCUCAAGCAAGGUUACACGCAGCACGGAGGUCUCCGACCGUUCGGUGUAUCCUUCAUCUACGCAGGAUGGGACCCACAGCGACAGUUCCAGCUGUACCAGAGUAACCCCAGUGGCAACUACGGUGGCUGGAAGGCAACCAGUGUCGGCGCGAACAACGCUUCUGCACAGAGUCUGCUGAAGCAGGACUACAAGGAGGAAUGCGAUUUGAAAGAGGCUUGCGGACUUGCAGUCAAGGUGCUCAGCAAGACCAUGGACUCAACUAAGCUGAGCAGCGAGAAGAUCGAGUUUGCGACUGUAGGAAAGACCAAGUCAGGCAAGAUCUACCAUCACCUGUGGAGUGCGGACGAGAUUGAUGCUCUGCUGAAGGAGCACGGCCUUGCCAAGGCUGAGGAUACAGAGAUGUCCGAGACAUGAGAUACACGACCAAUGCACGAUAUGAACAGGCGCAACGGAAACGUCUCUGCAUGAUACACGAGGCUUGUAGUAUACCAUAUCAGGUGAGAGCUAUGUGACAUCUCGUAGCUAAUCUCACCCUGUCACGACCUGCUUUUGUGUAGACUUCCGAGUUUCGCUCUCGUUUCCUUCUGCCACGUGCCAAUCAUCCAAAGCCAUCAUGGCAGCUGCCUGUAACAGGACCUGCUGCUGCCUCGAUUCUAGCCCGACCUCAACGCCUUCCCUGCGUGCGACGUCCAAUCGAAUACCUGAACGAUUCUACUAACCUUCCUACUCACCUCCUCCAGCCCAGUCUCAGUCAUAUUGUGUCACCGCCAGCAUUACCAGUGUCGUGAACUUGCAUUGCUUACCGAUUCAUAUCUGAGCAUUAUAACGCAAUAUGACCACU